AUGAACACCCCCGAAAGCCCCCAAGAUGUCGCCAUGUCCUUUGCCCUCGACUCCCAUCUCAACGUCAACGCCCCCGUUCCUCAAUACGUGCGAGACUCAUCUUCGUCUACACCCACUCACUCGUACGACACUAGCAGCCUCCCAGACUACAAAGAGCCAGGCUACGACUAUGUUGCGGGUUUCGGCUUCCGUCGGACCCCAUCCCCAGGCUCCGGGUCCAACCAUCUCGUCCCCUCGCCUACCCAGCGCCGCACGUGGGAAGUCAACACCGAUGUGCGCAUGAAAAUCCUCUCUGACCGUCAGGAUCGCAUCGAAAGCCGCCAGUCCGGCUCUGAAGCCAUGCAGGAAUCGCUGGACGACCGCAUGGACAUGAUCUCGGAGCGUCAGGACGUCGAUUCCAUGCGCAUCAGCAGCAUCCGCAAGGACCUCGAAGAGAUUCAGGACGCGCUGCGCAACGGGUUUCGUGGGACUUGGACCAGCGAUCAUCCCGCAUUCUCCAGACCGGAGCGUGGUGGUCGUCCCACGGGGCUGGCAAAGAAAGCCCGCGCUCAUCCUUUGCGAGGCGCGAAGGGGAGCUCCGUCAAGCACAAGCAUUCGCGGGAUGACGAAAAUGAAGAUGAGGGUGACGCGGUUCCGUGUCCCAAGCGCCGCAAGCCGUCGCCCUCGGCUGGGACUAGACCUAUCGUCCUUCCUCCCAGUGAUCACUUUAGCGAUAGCGACACGGAGAUGAUGGACAGCGAGGAUAUCAGAGUCAUCGAGUGCGCAACGGUUUAUGCCAUGGCAAAGAACGCGAGGCCUACUACAAAGGGCGAAGCGAAGGGCAAAAAGGCGGCGUCCAAGGCUCCCGCCCCGGCCCCUGCUCCCGCCCCCGCUCAAAACAACCCACAAGCUCCCGCUCAACCUCCCCGGCAUGCUCAUCCUCGCUACGGACUGAGGAACCUCAACCAAAUGCAGGAGGAUAGGGAGAGGAGAGAGGCGGCGAAGCAGGCUGCCGACGCAGCGCGACGACAAGAGGCGCAAGAUAAGAGAUUAGCCGCGAAGAGGAAGAGAGAGGUGGCGGCGCAGCAGAGAGAGGGGCGCAAUAAGACGGAGACUGCGAAGAGGGAGACAGAUGCGGCGGCGAGGGCGAAGGGAGCGGCGAACAGGACUGCGAGGAGGGAGAAGAGUGGAUCUCAGCCGGCUCCUCCUCCACAGCAGGAUCAGCAGCAGAAUGAGGGACAAGAUCAAGAACAGCAAGACGACGGCCAACAGCAGGACGAUGGCCAGCAACAGGACGAUAGUCAACAAGAUGCUGGUCAACAAAACGGCAGACAGCAGGACGACCAACAUCAGGACGGCGAACAGCAAGAUAACGGCCUGCAAAGCCAGCAGCAGCAAGAGCCGUGUCAAGAACAUGAGGAGGAUAAUGAGCAACAGGAUGAGCGACAGGAUGAGCAGCAGGUCGAAAACGAUCAGCAAGACAACCAGGUGCAGCAAGCUGGCGAGGUGCAGGAACAGAAAGAUGAAGAACCAUAA